AUGUCGUGCCGCUCCGAAAGCGACGGGUACAAGUCAGCCUUGACUGACCGAUUCACUGAUCUGAAGGACCCAAAGCCAUUCGACUUUCAAACUGCCGAAGUCUUCAAGCACCAACCACUGCAAGACCCCAGUACGGAACUUCGCUAUCUUUACCUGCUUCCAAAAACACAUAACGUCAACCAUGAUGGACAGACCAUCAUCCGCUGUCAGCUUCACUCAGAUGCUGAAGAACAAGCGCCCCGCUACAUCGGCUUAUCUUACACAUGGGGGGACCCUGACCUUCGACGUCCGAUCCUUGUCGGCGACAAGAUCUUCCAUGCUACUGUAAAUCUUGUCAUCGCUUUGGAGCAUCUGCAAGAAGAGGAAAAGACAAUCACUUUCUGGAUUGACGCCAUCUGUAUCGACCAAAGCGACCUGAGCGAGAAGAGCAUACAGGUUCAACGAAUGGGCAAUAUCUUCGCGUCUGCCGCUCUUGUCCUUGCUUGGCUUGGACCUGCAGCAGAUGAGAGCGAAGUGGCACUACAAGAACUGAUGCGCUACAGCUAUCACUGUCCGGAUUCUUAUGCAAAGCUCAAAAACACAUUUAGCAGAGUAUAUGCGGCUCUACCUUUUGAAUCAAUCAACGCCUUUUUCGAUCGCCCAUGGUUCAAGCGCGUGUGGGUCGGCCAAGAAGUUGCGCUAAACAAACAUGUUAUAUUCGUUUGUGGUCCACUCGAUAUUCAGCGAGAAGAACUACUUGUCUAUAUGGGGAGAAACCAAGCUCUCCGCAAUUAA